CUUUUCAGAUGUGUUAAUGAAUGUGGAACAGAAGCAGUUGUGUUUAAAAGGAAGAAAAGACCAUCAAAGUAACCUAUAUUAUAGUAGCAGGCUUGAACACUAAAUGGAUUAUUCCAAAUUGUGUCACAAAUAACCUACUAGAGACUAGCCUCAGAAAACCUAUUGUUGAACUGCUCUGAAGCUAUGAUUUUAACAAUAUUAUCUUAAAAAUGUGUGUGUCCUAGUUGCAAAUUAGAAUGUUCUUUAAAUCUUAUUAAUCCAAGUUAAAACAAUUUGAACAAAAUCUUACCCCACAGUGUUUAGUUGGAUUAAGUUAAACUCUAUAAGACCACUUGAAAGGGGUAAAGUUGGAAUUUUUUUUUGUUUGUUUGUUAUUCAUGUGUGAAAAUAUAAAACUUAACUUAAGAAUUACUUCCUAGUUGAAAUGUUUGGAGUGCUCUAGGUAUCAUGUGAACUGCAGAAGUUUUUAUAAUCUCUUUUGGUUUGUUUCAGUUGUUUUCGCUUCAGUUAUUCAUCAGUAGGUUUUCCUUUAACAGUGAUACCAAUUUAAGGCUAAACUACAAUUUUUAGGGCAUAUCAUUGUGCAUAGAGGAAAAGACCCUGUGAGUUUUUCUUUUAUUUCUUCAGAAAUUCUAAGCAAAAAGUUGUAACUAACAUUUGUAUUUUGUUACUCUAGUUACCUUUCCUUUUUCUAGAUUCUUUAAACUUUUGAGUAAAUAGCUGUAUUUGAAAGCAGGUUGGUUACUUCUGUUGCUUAGGAGUUGUGUGGGUUUUUUUUCUUUUCUUUUAAUAUGAGCACAAAAUGUAUUUUGUUUUGCCUGGUUUGUCAGUAUAGUACAGACCACAUAAAACUUGGAAGUAUGGCAUCUUUGGAGGUAUUAAAGUUAGCAUUUCAUUUAGGCAAUGUGCCUUUGUUUGACUGGUGUAUAAGUCCUUCUUCCAGGUUUGUACGCUCUUAAACACCUAUUCUACCCUCUAACUCCUCCCAGCAGCAAAGGGGAGACACUUCAACUGGAACAAAGUAGUGGAAGAAAUGGCGUCUGGGGUUCAGUGGGGAUUCGCAGUGUGAGAUACUACUCGUCAACGAAUCAAAUUCAGCGAUGACAGAGUAUGCAAGAGCCACCUACUCAACUGUUGCCCCCACGAUGUCCUUUCUGGAACAAGAAUGGAUCUUGGAGAAUGCUUGAAAGUCCAUGACCUGGCUUUAAGAGCAGAUUAUGAAAUUGCAUCCAAAGAACAAGACUUUUUCUUUGAACUUGACGCCAUGGAUCAUCUGCAGUCAUUCAUUGCAGAUUGUGAUAGAAGAACAGAAGUAUCUAAGAAAAGAUUAGCAGAAACUCAAGAAGAGAUAAGUGCUGAAGUGGCUGCAAAGGCAGAGCGUGUUCAUGAGUUAAAUGAGGAAAUAGGCAAGUUGUUGGCCAAAGUGGAACAACUAGGAGCUGAAGGAAAUGUGGAAGAAUCUCAGAAAGUCAUGGAUGAAGUAGAGAAAGCACGGGCAAAGAAAAGAGAAGCAGAGGAAGUUUAUCGGAAUUCUAUGCCAGCUUCCAGCUUUCAACAGCAGAAACUUCGUGUCUGUGAAGUCUGUUCUGCAUAUUUAGGUCUACAUGAUAAUGACAGACGACUUGCUGAUCAUUUUGGGGGUAAAUUGCACUUGGGAUUUAUUGAAAUAAGAGAGAAGCUGGAAGAAUUAAAGAGAGUUGUAGCUGAGAAGCAAGAAAAGAGAAACCAGGAACGUCUGAAACGAAGAGAAGAGAGGGAGAGAGAAGAACGGGAGAAAUUGAGGAGGUCCCGAUCACAUAGCAAGAAUCCUAAAAGGUCUAGAUCCAGAGAGCAUCGAAGACACCGAUCUCGCUCCAUGUCACGAGAACGCAAGCGGAGGACUCGAUCCAAGUCUCGUGAGAAACGCCAUCGCCACAGGUCCCGGUCCAGUAGCCGAAGCCGCAGCCGCAGCCACCAGAGAAGUCGGCAUAGUUCAAGAGAUAGGAGCAGAGAGCGAUCCAAGAGGAGAUCCUCAAAAGAAAGAUUCAGAGACCAAGACUUAGCAUCACGUGACAGAGACAGGAGUUCAAGAGACAGAUCACCUCGUGACCGAGAUCGAAAAGAUAAGAAGCGGUCCUAUGAGAGUGCUAAUGGCAGAUCAGAAGACAGGAGGAGCUCUGAAGAGCGUGAAGCAGGGGAGAUCUAACUAGCUGUGUACAUAUCUUCAAUCCUUAAGCUUCCUAUGGAGUUACAUGCUAUUGUUUAGUUUACAGCUGUUCAGGGUGACAGUUCUAGACCCCGAUCCAGUCAGGCUAGAUGUAUAGUAUCCAAUGAUUUGAACUGAACCUGUUUUCCUUGAUAAAGCCUAAAACUACAUCCAUAGUUAUUUGUGAACCUGAACAUAACAGUUUAUAUGAUGAGUUACCGUUAUCUAUUCUUUCCAGUUAGGAGUGAUAGUAAAUGAAUUGUGUUAAUGCCUUGCAGUUUUUGAACAUUUGUAAAAUACUGUCUUUUCUAUUCCAAA